AUGGUGAAGAAGAAGAAGAGCCGCCGGAGGAGGAAGAAGAAGAAGGAGGAAGGAGGCGGGAGGGGUCGGCUUUAUACCAGGAGACAGACCCCUCCUCACCGUACAGCGCCCCGCCUCCUUCCCGCUGGGCCUGGAGGAGGAGGAGGAGGAGGAGGAGGAGGAGGAGGAGUCUGGUGUGGAGGAAAUAUAGUGAACAGAUCAGUUUCAAGUGAGAACAGGCGACACACUCGACCGACCUCAUACACAAAAAUGCUGUCAGACCUGUCACACAGUCACAUGACCCGCUCUGAUUGGAAGCUGCUCCGCUAUUGGCCGACAGCGUGA